AACACUGAAAAUCCUUGAACUGGGACAUGUCAAGAAGAAAACAACAAAGCCAGGCUAAACUCAACCAAGAUAUUGAUUGAUACGUGUUAAUGGCCAGUAAUGCCCAACGCAAUGGAUUAUCUACUCGUUCGAAACAUCCCGGCUGAUUGGCACUCUUCCGACCUUCGAGGUUUUUUCUCUGAGUUCAUUGAAUCGCAAAAGCUUGAGUGCUUCCACUUUCGCCAUCGACCCGAGAUCAAAACCACGGCCUCCGUAACCUCCGUAACCUCUACACCCUCCACUGGAACCGCUCCCUCCUCGUCCACCGACACCCGUUGCUGCCUCAUUAAGAUCCCAACCUCCCACAGUAUCGGGUUCCUAGCCCGCUACCAUCAAGCUCAUUGGGCUGACCGACAAGAAGUGGAUUUACUCACUAAAUGCCUCAUCCAGAGGGUCAAGGUCUUUGCUGACAGUACAGAAACGCCCAAAUCCGAAGAGGACUCGAUCCGUAAGCUCAAAGAGACAGAUCUUAAGAAUAUGCUUGAGCUGAAACCUCCACCUCUCAUGCCACAAGGUAAUGUCGGCACGCCCACUCAAUUCUUCCUAAAAGCUAUUCAAGAGUGUCGCCUGCCGGUCAGAUUGAUUGCCAAGCUCAAGUUAGAAUUCCCCCGCGCUCGUCGACGUCGCAUUUAUGGGUCUGUCCCGAUGGAUUACGGCCCUACUCAGCGGCGGCCACCUGUCUACUUCAACCGAGUGCACGCUGAAACUCAAGGGCGCACUGGUCCCUUGGUUGAACGCAUGGGCGCUGCUGAGUCAGGCUCAGAUGAUGAUGAUGAUGCCUGCGAGGAGUGGGAGCGGCAUGAAGCGCUCCAUAACGACGUAGCUGCCCGCCGCAUUGACCCAACAGACAUUAGCCAGCAGCCGGGCACCAAAGAAAGACUAUUUGAGGAGGAGAUGGAGGUCACGUGGGACAAAGGGAGCUCAGGGUUGGUUUUCUACACCGAUGCGCAGUAUUGGAAGGCCCAAGAGGGGGAUUUCGAUGAGCAAACCACCGACGAUUGGGAUGUGGACAUGGAGAUCUACUAUGAUGAGACAGCUGGAGAUAAGGAUGCGCGUGAUUCAGUGGGCAUGCGAACGUCAACGUUUUACCGUCAAGGCCGAGACCUUCCGAGUGCGUUUAAAGGACAAAAAAGGCAAAGAGGCGGGAAGGUGGAAAGUCAGGACGACUUGGGAGGGAAAAUCGGGAAAUUUGAGAAGCACACUCGAGGCUUCGGAAGGCGAAUUAUGGAAAAGCAGGGAUGGAAAGACGGUCAAGGUCUAGGCUCGACUUACAUUGGCCUGACGGAUGCUCUUGGCAAUGAAGGUCAGACAGACAAGUCUGGCUUGGGCUAUCAAGGAGAGAGCAUCAGUCGCUUUGUGGCACCCAAACCUAAAGGGCGGGAGCGGCAAUCUAUACGUGACGUGAUCAUCUCGACCAAAUAUGAUGAUCCCGACAAAGUGGACCCGUCAGAACCUCUCAUGCGAACUCGACCUCAGAACUACUUGUCUCACCGAGAAAAGAAAUUUCCCAAAUAGGCCAUGCAGAUGUAUUGAAAUGCGAUAAUACUUUCUGUUCUGCCCACCAGCAAGCCAAAAAAAUACAUUCAGAUUUAUCGUUA